AUGGACGAUGACGGCAAAAAGAGACGACGACAAGGACAAGUUGUCAGUGUUGAGGUGAAGCCUUCAUCGCCUCCUUCCUCCUCCUCCUCAUUGCCAUCCGCAUGGCAAGGCUUUGGGAGGAAGGUUCAGCUGCUGCUUCCCUACGUCUGGCCCAAAGGCACUGCGGUGCUGCAGGCCGUGGUGCUGCUGUGUGUAGGCCUGUUGGUGGCCGAACGCCUGGUUAAUGUACUGGUACCAGUUUAUGCCAAGGACAUCGUGAAUGCCUUGUCGUCUGGAAGUGGCUGGACGUCACUGAUCUACACUGUCUGCAUCUACGUUCUACUCAAGUUUCUUCAAGGAGGAGGAGCAGGUACGUCAGGUUUCAUCAGUAACCUCCGUCAGUUUCUUUGGGUCAAAGUUCAACAGUUCACCAGCAGAGGGAUCCAGGUUCGUCUGUUUUCUCAUCUACAUGGUUUGUCUCUACGUUGGCACCUGGACCGACGAACUGGAGACGUGUUGAGGAGCAUCGACCGAGGAACCUCCUCCAUCAACAACCUGCUCAGUUACAUCCUGUUCAGCAUCCUGCCCACCAUCUGUGACAUCGUCAUCGCCAUUGUCUACUUCAGCUCGUACUUCAACGUCUGGUUCGGACUCAUUGUUCUGAGCUGUAUGGUCCUCUACCUCACCUGUACUGUCCUCAUCACUGAGUGGAGGACCAAGUACCGCAGGGACAUGAACACCGAGGACAACAACGCCAAGUCCAGGGCCGUCGACUCGCUGCUCAACUUCGAGACGGUCAAAUAUUACAACGCUGAGGAUUAUGAAGUCCGCUGCUUCGACGAGGCCAUCGUCAGAUACCAGCGCUGUGAGUGGAAGAGCUCGGCCUCGUUGGCUCUGUUGAACCAGACCCAGAACAUCAUCAUCGGGUCGGGUCUUCUGGCUGGGUCGCUGCUCUGCGCCCACCUGGUCUCAGAGGGGCGGUUCCAGGUUGGAGACUAUGUCCUCUUUGGUACCUACAUCAUUCAGCUCUACACCCCCCUCAACUGGUUCGGUACCUACUACAGGCUGAUCCAGAGUGCAUUCGUGGACAUGGAGAACAUGUUGACUUUGCUGACAGAGCAGAAGGAGGUUCAGGAUGCAGACGAUGCCCAGGACUUGUAUCUCACUGCAGGUCGGGUGGAGUUUGACCAAGUCUGUUUCAGCUACGUACCCGGCGCUGAGGUUCUCAGAGACGUGACCUUUAUGGUGGAGGCAGGACAGACUGUCGCUCUGGUUGGUCCAUCUGGAUCAGGGAAGAGUUCCAUCCUGCGUCUGUUGUUCAGAUUUUACGAUCCUCAGAGCGGCUUCAUCCGCAUCGAUGGUCAGGACAUCUCCCAGGUCCGUCAGUCCUCUCUGAGAUCCUACAUCGGCGUGGUUCCUCAGGACACGGUUCUUUUCAAUGACACAAUCGGCAACAACAUCCGCUACAGUCGAGUAAUGGCGACCGACGAGGAGGUGGAGCGAGCAGCGACGGCCGCCGACAUUCACGACAGGAUCCUGGAACUACCUCAGGGUUAUGAGACGGUGGUGGGAGAACGUGGGUUGAAGCUCAGUGGAGGAGAGAAGCAGCGAGUGGCAAUCGCAAGAACCAUCCUCAAAGACCCUCGGAUCAUUCUGCUCGAUGAGGCCACCUCGUCCUUGGACACCCAGACUGAGAGGAACAUCCAGACGUCACUGGCCAAGGUCUGCACCAACAGGACAACUAUAGUGGUCGCACACAGGUUGUCGACCAUAGUCGGUGCAGAUCAGAUCCUGGUGGUUCAGAACGGACAGAUCGCAGAGAGAGGACGACAUGAAGACCUGCUGGUUCAUGGAGGUCUGUACGCUGCCAUGUGGAUGAAACAACAGAAAACCCUCGACACAAACUCAGAUCCACCAUCAGACGCCAGACAUUCCACAGUGAACUGA